CUGAACACGGAACAUUCAUUUUUUAGUCUUACAACUGCAACAACAACCUUAAUUGACUUGACAGUCGAUUCUAACUAUCCCUUCCUCUCUCAUUACCUCUCUCACUGCAUUUGGUCUUCAAAGGUAGCCUAGAUAGUUUUAGUUUUGAAAGAAGUCUUCACUAGUCGAGAGCGUUGUCUUUGCACUAAAGGAAUGAGCAAUGGAUUAUCACCAAAUGUGGAUUACCUAAUUUGAGAACAUGCUUGUUAAUUCUCGAGCGCUCGCGAUCAUCCCCCGCCCUCUCGUCAGGAGCUCUGCAGCCGGAUCUGUCGUUGUGCGUCACGAGAAAAGCGUGUUGAGCAUCGGUAAGUUCGUGCUUCUGCGCUUUGGAUAACUUAUGAGUCAGUUUAUUAACACCCUUGUAAGAGAAGUAAACAGUGUUUUACAUACAUAGACUUAUGUCUCUUCGACAUUUCAAUAAAAGAAGAGAUUAUUUUUAUGCAUAUAGAUAAAAGUCUAUUUGAACUAUAUUAAAAUAGAUGCCAGCGAACACCAAAAGACAUCAGAAUGAGAAGUAGCCUAAACCCUAAAAUAACUUCUCUUUUUAGACAUUUAUAGAGGCAGCACUGCCAUCUAGUGUUCGUUUCAUUAAUGUAUGAUUUGUCCUCAGCGUUUCUCUCCAUUAAUUUAGGCAAUGUCCUCUGAGUGGCAUACCGCAUUAAAAUAAAAAUGAGGCGAAAAAACAUAAAUUGGGUCAUUCAGUAAAGCUGAAUUGGAUAAGACAAACGACAUAAUAUGAACAAAAUAUUACCAUACUUGUUAAAGACCUCCCAUUAAUUCAAAUUUGAGAUAUCGUGGGCUUCAAAUACUAUUUGAAUAGCAGCCAAGUUUAUAGAAUUUUAGAGAAUUGUCUAAAAAAAUACAGCUAAAGUAAGAGGACUCGUUGCAUUAUCAACCACUCAUAACUAUUGCAAAUUAAUAAAUAAAUAAAUAAAUUCAUCAAUAUAAACAAUCCACGCAUUUCCAACCAAUAGCUAUAGAAUCCUAAGGAUGCCCACACACAUAGUAUAAAUGUAAAUGUAUGUACAUAAAAUGAUGAAUUCUAAAACUUAUAAUGUUUAAAAAUGGCAAUAUAUUGAUAGCAGUUAUCUGUAGUUAGCAGCCCCUGACAGCAACAUAGUGUUGGCCCAGAUCCGGCCCACAUUUGGUCCGCAUGUAAUCCACAUGUACCAGAUGUGGGCCGGAUCUGGCCCACACUAUGUUGCUGUCUGGGGCAUCUGUGAAUGACAACACAUGUACAAAUCUUGAACAAAAACAACAUUAUUUGCAGGUGCCCAAACACUUAUUUCAUAAGGUCAAAAGGUAACCUGAAGGAGCAGGAUGGGAGCUUCACUAUUUGGAAAAUCAUCUGUACCUCCAAAAUAUUUUAGUGUUCUGGAUAUAAUAACUAAUACUUAAAUAAAAACGUUUGUUUUACUCAAAUUAAAAAUAUAUAUUUUAAUGAUUUUGUAAUUGUUAGUAUAUAAUCUAACACAUUUAUUUUCCUUUCGUUUUAAAAUGUUUAAUGUCUUGUUAGUAUAAUAGUAGUAGUAUUGUUGUUAUCGUUAUUCCUGUUAAUUUAUUUAUGUAGUGUUGAAAAUAGCAUUAUGUCGUUUUCCUCCUUUGUCAAUGUAAGAUGUAUACCAUAUAUACUUUACAGUUUUCAUAAUGACUUCGAGUGACUGUUGAUUUGCAUUAAGGAGUGCUUUAAUUUUAUAUGUUGCAUAGUGAUUAAAAUUUAACUCAUUGCAACAUGUAAAACAGCAAUAUUUCACAAAAUUUCUGACUGGCUCUCAAUGUACAAAGCCUUUACAACAGUCCAAAGUGACGGCAAAUGCUGUCGUUGUUAACACAUACUGCUUCAAAAAUAAUAUUAACAACAUUAUUUCCAUAAAUCGGAACUUUGGACUGUUGUAAAAGCCAGUCAAGCCAAAAAAGAACUGAAAUACAUACCACCUAUCAACAUGACUUUCUUUAAUUCCAAUUUACUUUAUUGUUGUGAAAUAUUGCUGUUUGUUUUACAUGCUUGCCAUGAGUUCGAUUUUAAUGCAACAUAUAUACUUAAUGCAAAAUAACGGUCACUCGAAGUCAUUGUGAAAACGGCUUUGAUUAUAGCCAAAAGAGAGACUGUUGCAAUACACAUUCACCAUGAACAUCAACGAAAAAUAUUAUGGAAAAACAACUCAAAGAAACACCAUGUUCGCGUCCAACGACCUGGGCUGCGUUUCCCAAAGCAUCGUAGGCCUGAGUAGAUCGUACCAGUGCCACCGAUGGUCUCUAUGAUAGACUUAGCUCAGAGAAACGCAGCGCUGUGCGAUUAUGACUGCAAUGCGGAAACGGCACGGAAUUGCUGCAACAAGUUUAAAAUUCUAGAUAUCUUGAUUGCCUUUAAAAAUGCUUGUGUCAGCUUUAUGCCUACACGCCUAAUAACAUCUGGCAAAGGGACUACCAAUGAAAACUAGCCUUUGGGCUAAUUUGGGUACAUUUACAUUCAUAAAUGUUGAUUAAUGUACACUGCCCCUUUUUGAAAUAAAGAAUUAAAUAAAUGUGUUGUUUUGUAUUUAUAUUACUUAUUAGAAAUAUUAAUUUGUUUACGUCCUCUUGUAUUUCCUAAAUAUUACAGACAAAUAUCAAUAAUUAGGCCAUAUAGUCUGCUUCUUCCCUAUCCAUUUGUUUAACAUAGCGUAAUUUAAAAUGAAUUUUGAUUCGCUUUUGUUACGCUUUGAGAAUAUCACUGUAAUUACAAAGUAGUUACAGUUGUUAAUUUAAAAGCAUGUAAAAUCAGAAUUUUUCCUUCAACUAUGACAGGAUCUUAUUCAAGACUUAGUUGCACAGUACUACAGUCACAUUUACAAGUGAAGUGACUGUAAAAUUGAACAAUUUUGUGUCAUUUCCUUGUAAGAAUACAUACAACGCAUAGCUGCUAAAGCCAGUAAACCGGGAGCUAUAUGUCAUUUGUCUUCUUUUACGACUUUCAGUUUGCACAGGCGUUAAGGAAUUCUUCUGCAGUAAAACCAUAAACCACCCCCUCUUCUAAACAUCCUUCUAAGCAACGAGUAAAACAACCAUUCAUUAAAGCAAAUAGGCAAGUCGAAAAUAUAAUGUGCAUCUUCACCUGAUGGAUUAAUUUAGUAAUUUAUCUGAUAUGGGCAUUUUGGUGUACUUAAAAUGGUCAUUCAUGUAAACGGGCUAAAAUACUUUUUUUUUUUUUUUUUUAAAUCCAAGUAUCAGUGAAACGCGUUUAUUUUCCAUGUAAAGCAUAUUCAGUUGAGGAAGAAGUGGCAAGAUACAAAACGAUAAUAUCAUAAGUUUGUUUAUUUAUUUGUUUAAUUAACAUAAUCCAUCUUAUCACUAUUACAUUUGGUAGAUGUGGCUAAAUCGACACUAUGGUUCAAAACGAAUAAAUUUCAGUAGAGGUGUAUUUGUGAAAACACUUUUUCUUUCUGUUCCGUAACCUUCUCUAUUUCAAAUGUUGGUAACACUUUACAAUAAGGUUCAUUAGUUAACUACAUUAGUUAACAUGAGCAAGUAAUGAACUGCACUCCUAGCAUUUAUUAUUUUUUGUUAAUAUUAAUUUCAACAUUUACUAAUACAUUAUUAAAAUCAAGAGUUGUGUUUGUUAACAUUAGUUAAUGUACUGUGAAGUAACAUGAACAAACUUUGAACAGCUGUAUUUUUAUUAACGUUGUUUAUUUUACGUUAACGAAGAUUAAUAAAUACAGUAACAAAUGUACUGCUCAUGGUUAGUUCAUGUUAGUUAAUACAUUAACAAAUGUUAACAAAUGAACCUUAUUGUAAAGUGUUACCCAAAUGUUAUACUUUAUCAUUUAAAUAGCCUAAUUAAAAAUAAAUACAUAGAAACCCAAUAAAAUGAAUAACAAUCACAGUUUGCCCUCCUUACGUCGUUAAGCGUCUGGGGGAAAUAAUGUUAAUCGAUUUUUUAACCAAACCAGUGAAGCGAGGGCUAUUCACUAAUUACAUAAUUUUAUUACUAAACCUUAAUCUCAUUUAUAUAGGGGCUGAGGAUUGUGGACAUAAUUCUGUAUUACAGGAAUUACUUUGACGAGCUAGAAAAAAAAAAAAAAGGAAAAAAAAAAAAUAUAUAUAUAUAUAUAUAUAUACCAAUGAUUUAUACAGCUAAGACACUCUCAAACUACUUUAGAAAUGUUUAAUAUAUAUAUAUAUAUAUAUAUAUAUAUAUAUAUAUAUAUAUAUAUAUUUCAUUCUUAUUAUUAUUUCGCUCAACCUUUGUGUGUGUGUGUUUGUGUGUGAGAGAGAGAGAGAGAGAGAGAGAGAGAGAGAAAGAGAGAGAGAGAGAUUGGAAGGGAGGGAGAGAGGGAAAGCCAGAGAGGAAAGAGAGAAUCAAUAAUCAAAUAUCUCAAUAUAAGGGGGUGUGCGUGCGUUAUGUUCCCUUCCCUACGCUGUUGUAACAGGGCAAAGAAAAGAUCAUCUUAUAUUCGUACUUUUAUUGUUGCUUCCUGUUUCUUUUAUUGGAGUGGUCAGCUGACAUUGGCAUCUUGUCAAUCUUAUAGCGAAGAUUUGGAAACAUUAGGCUGAGUGCACAUUCUCUGCUGGGGUUCUGAGAUAAAUAAUAAAGUAUUUAUAAAAGACUUGAAAUAAGAUAUAGGUUGAUAAGGAUAAAGAGUGUGUGAGAGAAAAAGAGAGUGUGUAGAUUAAGGGAGGAAGUAAGAGGAAAAAGUGGCGUUUAAAGGAAAGAAUGAAUUCCUAUUUUACGAACCCGUCGCUCUCAUGCCAUUUAAACGGCGGUCAAGAAGUUCUGUCCAAUGUUACCCUCAGCUCGACAAACUAUGACCCGGUGCGACACUUCUCGCCAUAUGGGGCAGCCGUGGCCCAAAACCGGAUAUACUCCAAUCCGUUCUAUUCGCCACAAGAAAACGUUAUGUUCGGGUCAAGCCGAGGACCGUACGAGUACGGAUCAAAUGUGUUCUACCAGGACAAGGAUGUGCUUCCAAGUUGCAGGCAAAGCAUUGGGCAAACACAGGGUUCAUUGACCCAGGAUUACGCUUCAGACCAAGGCAAGACUGCGUCUCAGGAACCGAAAGGAAGUAUUCAAAUAUAUCCGUGGAUGCAGAGGAUGAACUCGCACAGUGGAGUUGGCUAUGGGUCCGACAGACGGCGAGGUCGCCAAAUCUAUUCGCGAUACCAAACUUUAGAACUAGAGAAAGAAUUCCAUUAUAAUCGUUAUUUGACAAGACGCAGAAGAAUCGAAAUCGCCAAUGCGUUGUGUCUGUCGGAACGCCAGAUUAAAAUUUGGUUUCAGAACCGCCGGAUGAAGUGGAAGAAGGAGAGCAAUCUCACACCCAGCAUCAAUGACAGUGGCUCGGUAGGAGCUGGCCAGGACACGGACAAAGAAGAAGCAGAGGAAGCAUCAGAAAAAAAGGAGCAUAACUGACGGUCUUAGCACCUUAUUAAAGGGUCUACAGCAUUCAGUGUGAAAUAAUGUUCUACUACAUGAUAAUUAAGCUACCUGUCGAACUUUCAUAAUUUGCACAAUUUAUUAACACCAAAAUCUGUUACAUUUCAAUUAAAUGCGAAACGUGUUUUGCCUCUCCAUUUACUCUUUCCCCAAAAUUGUGGAAACCUGUUUAUUUCUAGAAAUGACGUUCCUAGAAUUGGACGAUGGCUAUUAUGGAUCAAAGAAAGCAACCACUGGACAGACAGCUGCAGUCUUUAUCUUCAGUGUAUAUUGUUGGGAUAUACUAAUAUCGUUUGGAUAUCUUGGAUGUUGGAAAGUUUAUAGGUAUAAGGGACUGUGAUGCAGACUUUGACCAAACACAUUGCGGAAUUUCCAAAUAGGCUACAAUCAUUUUUUAAUCAUUCAUUAUCGUGUAUUAUCAUAAACUGUAAAAUCGACAAUAGCAAGUACAUUGUAAAUGUUUGUAAAUAUAUGAGAUUCAACUAAUUUUGAUGAGCAUUUGUGUAGCUUUCCUUAAAAUUUUCUGUGUUGUGCUUUUCUUUACUUUGCGUUCUGUAAGAACUAUAUGGUGUAAAAAGUAAUUUGGAAUAUUAGCUAACAAGCGAUAUGGAUACAAUGUUUGAAAACCACGUAAAUUAAUAUUAAAUAAAGUUGUAAUGAAUGUAACGACACUACCUGAUUUCCUGUUAAGUAUUAGUCAAAUCGUGUGAGAAACUUUAAAAUGAAACCAACAUAAACCAAUCCUUAAAUUACAAGGUGAGACUGGCAUCGAGAUGCUACUGCUUCAGAACUUACAGGGCCUAUUUACUCCUAUACUGAUAUGAUGUUGAGAUUUUUUUUUCUCCCAAUGUUUUUAGAAAAUAAAACUUUUUAAUUAUGUAACACAUGA